UAGAUAUCGCGUCGGUGUCAACAUCUACACGGCAAUGUCUUCCUCCAACGACGCUGAGUUCAAUGUCAGCUCUCCCUUGAAAGCUAAGCCUGUCGCUGAGGUUUCUGGCAUAGACCGAGUCCAAGAAUCCCCGGUAAAAACCGCAUCCAAUGCCUCCAAAUCACCCAAAUUGUCCCCAGCAGUUACUCCAUCUCCUACUGUCCGUCUGGUGAAGAGCGCCAACAUUGCAUUUAUACAUCCUGAUCUUGGGAUAGGUGGCGCAGAGCGUCUUGUGGUGGACGCUGCUGUCGGCUUGCAAGAGCUCAACAACAAGAUCACCAUCUUCACUUCUCACUGUGAUAGAAGCCACUGCUUCGAAGAGGUGUCAAGCAAUCUUUUGCAAGUAAAAGUAUACGGGGAUUUCCUUCCAACCACAUUUUUCAACAAGUUCUAUAUUCUCUUUGCCAUACUAAGACAGUUAUAUUUGACUAUCAAGUUGAUCGUCAGUGGAGAACUUAGCACCUUUGACUAUGUUAUCAUCGACCAAUUGUCAUUCUGCGUGCCUUUGAUCAACCUUUUCAGCAAACACGACUGCAAAAUUUUGUUCUAUUGCCAUUUCCCAGAUCAGCUUUUGUCGGUAAGAAAGGGGUGGAUCAAGAAGCUCUACAGAUUACCGUUUGACUUGAUUGAAGAAUGGACAACGGGGUUGAGUGAUAAGAUCGUGGUCAAUUCCAACUUCACAAAGAGCAUCUUCCACAAGACGUUCAAUAGGUUAUCUGUGGAGCCUGGUGUGAUUUAUCCAUGUGUCGAUAUUACUUCUACAAUUGACACCGAGAGUGAUGCCCAAGUCGAUGGGUUCUUUACCAAAUCUCCGUUCUUUUUGAGUCUCAACCGUUUUGAGAGGAAGAAGAACGUUGAGCUUGCAGUCAAAGCAUUGGCCAAGUUCAGAAAAAUCCACUACAGCGGGACCAAGCCCAUUUUGGUGAUUGCUGGAGGAUACGCCAAUAACCACAGGGAAAACCAAGAAUAUUUAUCGGAACUAGAGUCAUUGUGCAGCUCGUUGGAAUUGAAUCAUUACGUUCUGCGUGGUGGCUUGAAGUUCCCAUUGCCCCCAUCCACCGAUGUUUGCUUCUUACCAUCAAUUUCAACAAACUUGAAGGCUUCGUUGAUCAAGAAGGCGAAAUUGUUGUUGUACACACCAUCUUUUGAACAUUUUGGUAUUGUUCCUGUGGAAAGUAUGUUGUAUAAGACUCCCGUGUUGGCAGUAAAUAACGGUGGUCCGUUGGAGUCUAUUGUCAACUUUGAAAAGAGUAACCUUGAAGAGGCCACUGGGUACACGGAAGAGCCUAACCAUGAUGAUUGGGCCAAGAUAAUGGCCAAACACAUGGACUUGGCCCCUGAAGUCACCCAAAAACUUGGUGAGAAUGGGCACAGACGAGUAUUAAAACUAUUCUCGAGAGAAGAAAUGAGUUUGGCAUUUAUAAAGAAUUUACAAGAAGCGAAGGCUACCAGUGCUAAUUCGGUCGUUUUUGGGUUCUUGAAAUUUUGGAGACUUGAGAUCUCUAUGGUCAUCGUUUCAUUACUUAUAUACAUGUAUGCUUGAGUUUUGGACAAUAGAAACUAUUAUGGACUGCUGUUUCCUGAUAAGAAUGCAAAUUUCAUGGCCCAUUCUUGCCAACGUUUAUACAGUCCAUGAAUGAACUGACCUCCAGAUUAGAGUUCCUAAUCUGAUAGACCAAUAGAAUGAACAGUAUGAUAGAAGACUCACAACCUUUGUAGUUCUUGUCACUUUUUAAACGGGCAGCAGUACGCUAGUUUGCGAGAAAGCAAAUUGCCUAAACCUUCAUCCUGAAUGCAUCCUUUACUGCUUUCCACAACCCCAACUCAUUAUCGGCUCUCUGGACGGCAACACGCCCAUGACCAGCCCCUCCACCG